AUGCAGGAAACGCGGCUGGCUUCGGAUGCAGCACGUUCUUCUACUUCGGCUUUCCGGGCGGCGGGCUGGACUUUGCAUCAAGGACCUCAAGGGCGAGACGGGCGGGGGGCGGCGUCAGCAGGCGUGGCCAUCAUCACGGACGUGCCGGCCCAGCAAGUGGAGAUGCCACAGGCCUUGUUGGCUUACGACGGCUGCGUGGUGGCACUGAAAGAGGCCAUCCAGUGGGCGCGCGACACGGGCGAGGACUUCGGGGGCUGUCUGGACUAUGGACGGCGACCAGCUUCUUCGGGCGGGCACAUACCGGCGCUCGGGGCACCUGGCGCAACUCCUGGCGUUGCGGGCGUUGCGGACCAUGAUCUUGUCACGUACCGGCUCCGAGCUUACCCGGAGGAGGACAUUCGGCGAUGGCAGCCACAACGCUGGUUGGUGGCGACGGAGCCGGCUGACUGGGAGGCGGGCUGGGCCGACUACGCGGCGGACUUUGACGCGGCGGUGAUGGCCUUCGACUUGAACCGGGCGCCGACCAGUCAUACAAGAGCGGCGCCAGACCCGUACCAGACGCUGCUUGAGAGGAGGCUGAGGCGAGUGGCACGGCGGGCGUCGGAGGCGCCCAAGAAUGGCGAUGCCAGACUUCGAGCAAAGCUGACCCGCGACCUCGACGAGCUGGCGGACAUUUUCCCUGACUUGCCGCGGGCGAUGGGCUUCGAUGACGUCGCCGACUACUUGAACAGCAAGGCUGAGGAGGAGGCGCAGCGUGCCCGUGCGGCGCGCAUCCGCAGGUGGAAGCACGACAUUCAGGAGGACGUCGGUGCCAUGGCCAGGAUCACGGCUAAGGUCACCACUGAGGCGUGCGACGUGAGCCAGUUGGGCGAGUGUCCGAGCAAGGGCGCAGCGGCUGAGCGCUUGAAGGCUUCUUUGGACCAACUUUGGGGUGAGGCGGCCGACUUUGACACGGACCGCCUGCGUGGCUUUCUGGACACCUUGGGGCCAGCUAAUCCGGCGGCUGUGCGCGAAGUCCACUUCGACGGCCAUCUCCUGAGGAGGCGGGCGCGGAAGGCAAAGCGCAAGGCGGGCGGGCUAGAUGGCUGGACAGGCGAGUUGGUGGCGGCUCUUCCCCUGGACUUCUUUGACAAGCUGGCGAGGAUUUGGACCGCCAUUGCCAAGAAGGGCAAGCUACCUCUUGGUUGGAAGCAGGUCAGGGUGGCGGGCAUUCCCAAACCCGAUGGAGGACUUCGACCGCUGGCGUUGACUCAGUUGGCUUGGCGGUUGGGGGCAUCCGAGAUGUUGGCGCAGCUGCGGCCUUGGUUCUGUGCAUGGAUGCCGGAGUGUCUUCAUGGCGGGCUACCCGGACGAUCUGUCGAUGCCAUCCACGAGCAACUUGGCUGCCUCUUGGACAAGCGUGCGGUGAAGCGCACCUUUGUGGGCUGCACCCUGAGGCUCCAAAAGGGCAAGGCCGACGUGCGCAAGUGCUUCGACAGAGUCUCUCCCCAGGCGGCAUUGGCUGUGCUACGUUGGUGGGGCGCUCCGGAAUGGCUGGCGGCGAUCCUCGAGGACUUCUACACGGAGCAGGGAGCCUCCUUGCUUCAGGGGUGUCCCUUCUCACCACUCCUUUUGAACGCCAUGAUGGGCGUUUGGAGCAGGUACGUCCAGACCCAGGCGGACGACAUCGGCAUGGGCAUCUUUCUUGAUGACAGGACCCUUUGGACGCGAGGACGGGGAGCUGUACAACGGUUGGAGGUGGCAGCCCGGGCUGGCGCGUUUGCAGACAGCAUGCUUGGCUUUGAGCUCCACCCCGGCAAGUUGGAGUCCUUCGCUUGCACUGUGGAGCAGCGUGAGGCCCUGAUGGAGCACGCGGACGUCAUCGGCAUCCCCCAGACCGACUUCGUGCUGCUCGGCAUCCCAUACCGGCUCACGGGGCACCAGGCUUUCGACGCCAAGGACGUGACCAAGGAGCUGCGGGAGCGAGGCCGGAGGAUACGGCGGGUGGCGGUCCACACGACGACUCGGGCGAGGCUGGCAAGCUUGCUGAUGAUUUCCAAGUUUCGCUUUCGAAGCCCGUGGACACGUUUUGCGAGGCCGACAGUGAGGGAUUGGACUUCACAGGUGGAGGCGGCGGUCUGGGGCGGGCCUUUGGCUACGGGACGGUCAGCCUACCUCCUUUGGACCUUCGUUGGCGUCGACCUGCGCCCGGACUUUGCCAUCAUCGCCACGGUCCUGACCAAGGAAUGGCUUCGACUUGGGCGAGGCGGGCUGGGGCGUCGAGGACUUCGGGUUGACGACGCGCUGGCGGCAGUUGGCUGGCGCACUCAGGGCAGCUGGUGGCUCACCCCACUAGGCGACUUCGAGACUGAGGCGAUGAGCUUGGACACCAAGACCGCUGGCGCUUUGGCAACCACGGCGACCCCUUUGCUGCGGCCGCACAGGCUUUUUGCCCGGGAUGGCCGGGCGCUGGCGCUUCGAGUGGCAGCUGCUGCUGCCUCUGAUGGCCGCGACUUGGAGCGCCUUCAUGCUCCAAAGGACGUCGAGGACUGGGUGGGCUUGCUUGCGGGGUACCUGGCGGCGGCCGAGGACGACGUGCUGGUUGCGACCGACGGGGGUGCCUAUCUGGCUGGGGAGCACCACAGGUGGAGGGCGGCUUCGUGGGCAGUUGCUUUGGGCGAGCACGUUGUUUCUGGCCUGGUUGAGGGCGAGGAGCGCACGGCUGCCGCAGGCGAAAGGGAGGCCUUCGCCACACUUUGUAAGGUGGUGUCUUUGACGGGAAGGCGGGUGCGAGUACUCCUGGACAACCUGGCCAUUGUGCAGGGCGCUCGGAGGAGGACCGCCGCUGACUUUGAGGAGGAGGAGCUCUGGACUUUCUGGCAGGGCUACAGGCAGGUGCGGGACCUCAUGCAGUUGGCGUGGGUCCCAUCGCAUGGCAAGCAGAGUUCUUGGACUCCUCCUGUUGACUGGCCGGAGGCUGGCGUUUGCCGCGACCUCAACAACCGGGCGGAUGCGGCUGCCACCACCCAGCUCUCGAAGGUGGCGCCGUGGUUCAGAGCCUUGGAGGCGCGGAUCAAGGAGGGCGAGGCUUGGUGUUACCGGGCAUUGAAUGCCCAGCUGCUUGCCACGGAGCCGUGGCACACUGAGCUCAAGAGGGCUGUCGCUGCCAAGCGUACUCUUACGGGGCGUGCGAUAAGAGCGGGGCGCCAAGCUCCGAUGACGUCGCCGGAGUUGUUCCUGCAAGUCCUGCAGCUUCAGCAGUUGCAGGCGCUGCAAGCUUUACAGGCCAGCUUUCCUGUGGCAACCCCGGCAGCAGCUGGCACAACAGACCCAGCACUAGCAGCUGCAGCCUUGAAUCCUGCAGCACUAUCAGCGCUGCAAACAAAUGCUUUCGCAGCGGCUGCGCUUCCUGCGCUCCCUGAUGUCGGGUUGCAAGAUCCAAGCGCCUUGAAAAUGACGACACAUCUGCCGGGCCAGAAGGUGAAAACGCAGAUGUGUAGGUUCUACCCCUAUGGCACAUGCAGCAAGGGAGAGGCCUGUGCUUUUGCGCAUACAGAGCUGGAACUUGGCAAGCCAAUUAUCGAUGGAGGGCCAACGGCUGCACCAACUCCCGCCGCAAACGUUAUGAGACCGGGUGACUGGAUAUGCGAUUGCGGAAAUCAUAACUUUGC